CUUCCUCCCACUCCUUCGAACACCCUCUCAUGUUCUCUUCUCUCCCUAGCGUGCUAGCCAGUCCACACUAUAGACAACAUAUGCUCCUCGCCCAGCAUGAGUAUGACAUCCCAGCAGAUUCACAUCGCGGAGACGAUUCGCGGCAUGAAGCUUGCGCUUCGUCGCAACCGCGCUGCCUCUCCAGUCGAUCCCGCCGGCGACGAGGACAACGAAGACGAGCAUGACAUCCUCCACACCCAUACCAACCGUGGCAACAAACUUCGCCUUAGCGCUCAAUAUGUCCAGCUCGGGCGUCUAGAUACCACUGGCGGCACGCGAGCCUACAAACGCAAGAUCAACCACGCUGGCUACGAUCGCUACAUCAUUAGCAAGAAGCCAGCUCUGUAUGACGAAGACGGCGACAUGAUCGACCCCGCGGAUAUUCCUGCAGACGUAGAUGUAGCGGACGUAGCUGAGCCGCUUGUGGAAGAUGCGUUUGGCAAGGUCAAGCUGGAGCGCUUGCUCAAGCCGCUGGAGAGUGCGGCCGAGUUGCCAAUGCAUCCGAGUCUGUCCCAGGCAUAUACGAGCCCCGCACUUACGGAGAUGGUGAGGCAGGCGGAGGAGAUGGUACGAAGGGAGAAGGCCGGGUUAUGGAAGGCCAAGAGGUUGCUUGAGCGGUUCAGGGGGGAUGGCGGGUUUAUGAGUGGUGGUGCUUUCUACACGGAGAGGGAUGAGGCGAUGCUGGACAGUGGUGAGGGUGAAAGUGCAGCGUUAGGAGACAUGAGUGCCGCAGAGACAGAGCUGGGCAUGACAGCAGACGGACACCCUGCGGAAGCACUGCCGCCUAACGGCGAUGUGAUGGACGGGGUGGAAGUCCAUGAUCAUGUCGGAAAUGGUGCGAGCGGAUACGAACAUGCCGUGCAUCCUAGCAUAGAGCAAGCAAAGGAGCGCCAAGAUCAACUCAGCACGUCCCACCACACCGGUGAGCAGCACGCCAACAACCUCCACGAACUCAACAUACUACCUUCUACCAACGGCGGCGACGAAGAACCCACCCCGUCCAGCGCGCCUUCGCACGCAAUGACCACCCGCCACCGCUCCGCCCGCAACAACAACGCACCUGCCUCUCCGUCACCAUCCCCAUCCGACUCCGCCAGCAUUCCACCCAUCAAUCCCUGGUUCCAGUUUCCGCUCACUGCCCUCGGUGAUCCCGACCUAGGCCUCCCGCCCAACGAAGCAGAGGAAACACGUAAGCUGCUGUUACUCUACGUUCAGAAACAAGAGAACAUCGUCCGGCAACUCGAAACAUUGUAUUCCGGUCUGCAGCGCACAGACCGUCUACGCCGUGAUGUCUACCGUGCCUGCAAAGCUGAAGGGCAUACGGUUCCUGAUCCCAACGGUAAAGGUGUGAUGGUGACCGACAUGAGCGAUGGAGAGGAUUGGUAUGACGUCCGUGACUGGGGCUUGGAGGUUGGCAGGGAUGAGAGGGUGAAGCUUGGCCCAGAUGGGGUGGGUGUGUUGGAGAAAGGGAAGGAUGAGGUGGACGAUGGGGCGGAGGAGGAAGGAAGGCGGGUAGGUGGGAGGAGAAGGAGGGUUGUCGGUCGUUAGGAACGGCCGAAACAGUACAGAGACGGGAAGGUGGUCCUUGCACGUUACCGCGCGAAAGCGCUGGACUGUGAUAGUGCCACGCUGAUGCCGGCUGCGAAGGAUGGACUUGGAGAUGGCGAGGCAGGGGGUGGGUCGGACGGGAGCAAGUAUGGUGGCGGCACCUAUGAAGACGCUGAUGGUGACGAUGAGGGAAGGCCUACGGAGUACGAGGUUUUCCAGAACUUGCAGGUUUUGGCGGGAGCCGAGGGAAUGGUAUAGGUACGUGCGGGACCGACCCAGAGCUGGCAGUACCUGUGUGGUUGAGUUCCUGGUCUCCGCAACUCAGGUGAAUGCUAGCUCACGAAGCUCGUUCUGUGCAUCACCUUGCAUGCUCAUGAUCCUUGCGAACCUUAGGCAAUAUUUCGGAUUAAUUACGUUGCGCCACAGUCCAGUUGUGUGCAGCUGGCCCGUGCUGCGCUUGAAGCACACGGAAAAGCAUAAAGAUCCC